GCGAUCUUGAUUACUUGAUCUGAUUUUGAAGAGAUUUUGUUAGAUUCUCUAUAUUCACCUCUACUUUUUGUUUUUUUUUUUUGCCUCCCCUGAAAAAUAUACAUACCCCGCCAUGGCCCCUCCAAAGGUUUUCUCGCUCGAAGGCAAGGGCCUCAAGCUCGACACCGCAGAGCACAUGGAAGCCCAGAUUCAACCUCUGCUCGAGAGCACCGACUUCACCGAAGUCCGUCUGGGAGGAAACACGCUCGGUGUGGCCGCAAGCGAGCGUCUCGCAUCCGCCCUCUCCGCGCAGAAGAAUCUCGAAGUGGCCGAGCUGGCCGACAUCUUCACCUCGCGUCUGCUCAAUGAGAUCCCGCAGGCCCUGACGGCCCUCCUUAACGCGCUUUUGGAGAUCGAGACUCUGCACACCGUUAACCUCUCCGACAAUGCCUUCGGUCUUAACACGCAGGCGCCGCUCGUCGAUUUCCUCUCCCGCCAUGUCCCUCUGCGCCACCUUAUCCUGAACAACAACGGUCUGGGUCCCUUUGCCGGUACAUAUAUUGCGGAAGCGCUCACCAGGCUGGCGGAGCGCAAGGAGGAGGUUCGCAAGGAGGGCAAGGAGGCCCCGCUUUUAGAGAGCAUUGUUUGCGGCCGCAACCGGCUGGAGAAUGGUAGUAUGGAGGCGUGGGCGCGUGCCUACGAGGUGCACGCGAAGGGUAUACGCUCCGUUAAGAUGACCCAGAACGGUAUCCGUCAGGAGGGUAUUUCACAUCUGUUGAAGGAGGGUUUGCGCCACGCCAGCGCGCUCGAGGUUUUGGACCUGCAGGACAACACUUUCACGGUCAUGGGAUCUACGGCUCUUGCUGGUGUUCUUGGGGGCUGGGCUUCGCUGCGUGAGCUUGGGGUUGGCGACUGUUUGCUCUCUGCGCGUGGUGGUGUUAAGGUCGCCCAGGCGCUUGCGGAGGGUAAGAACGAGAAGCUCCAGACGCUGCGUCUGCAGUACAACGAGAUCAACGCGGAGGGUGUCAAGCAGUUCCUCCACGCCACCCGGACAGGAUUGCAGGCGCUGCGCCGUAUUGAGUUGAACGGCAACGUCUUCCUCGAGGAGGAUGAGAACGUGAACGACCUGCGCGAGAUCCUCGAUGCACGGAAGGACGAGCACGGCAACGACGACGACCCCGAGGACAUGUGGGGUGUUGACGAGCUGGACGAGCUGGAAGAGGAGGAGGACGAGUCAGAAGAGGAUGAAUUGGACGAAGAGGAAGAAGAAGAUGAGGCCAAGCAAGCAGAGGCCGAGAAGAAGAGCAAGGACGUCGACGAACUUGCUGAGACUCUUGGGAAGACUGGCCUGUAGGCUUCUUCCUUGUUUCGCCCGUCUGUUGUUCUUCGUCCCCAUAUCAAUACCUUCCGGCUGGAGGAUGUCUCUCGCGUGCCAACUCUGGCUGAGUAUGUCUGCAACGCGCCCGGAGUAUAAGCCUUAAGCAGUAUCUCUUAUCGAGAACGUGGACAUCAUACUCAAUGUGAGCAGCCUCAGCACGCCAUCUCCACAGCAACCCUCCUGUCCAGCCCGACUUCGCACAUCGGGUCAUACCCUUUUCUGAUGCACGUCAUGUCUUUCUUAAUUAUACCAUAUUUUUUUGUCCAUGCACGUCAUGUACUCGUCAACGCGAAAAUGUCCUUUUGUAUUCCACCUGCACAUAUGAUAGCUUAUGUAUUGGAAUGAUUCUUUCUUGGUCUUGGUGAUAUAGUAUAGCAAUAGACUGGUUUCUUCUGUCUUGAUGGCUAUGCGAUUGCAUUGUAUUAAAAUUAAAUGUUGCAUACAUUAAUAUCAGAUUGAGUUUCCUACGUCGCGAC